AUGUAUGAUCUUGUUGAACGUUUAAAUGAAUGUGAAUAUUCAUUUAAUAGUCAAUAUGAUUUAAUAGAAAAUGUUAAUAAAAUAAGUCGAGAAGAAAAUCCAUCUCGAUCAUGUAAAUCACGUUUUGAUUUGUCAUUAAAAUUAUUUUAUUAUUCUAUUGAAAAUAUCUUAACUAUUGAAAAAAGCAGAUUAAUUUCAAAUGAAUUUAAUUCACAACAAAUUCAAUAA